CCUUCAUUCAGCGAUUGAAAUGGCAACACAACAACAUGAAAUUGAGCAUCCCAACAAAGCAUUCGGAUGGGCAGCUAGGGAUCCUUCUGGCCUUCUCUCCCCUUUCAAUUUCUCCCGAAGGGAAACUGGUGAAAAAGAUGUGGCAUUCAAGGUGUUGUAUUGUGGGAUAUGUCACUCUGAUCUCCACAUGGUUAAGAACGAAUGGGGCUUUUCUACCUAUCCCCUAGUCCCAGGGCAUGAGAUAGUUGGCGUUGUGACAGAGGUGGGAAGCAAAGUAGAAAAGUUCAAAGUUGGAGACAAGGUAGGUGUGGGAUGUAUGGUUGAUUCAUGCCGCAACUGCCAAAACUGUGCUGAAAAUCUUGAGAAUUAUUGUCCACAAUAUACGCUCACAUACGGUGCUAAAUAUAGAGAUGGCAGCAUCACACAUGGAGGCUACUCUGACUCAAUGGUUGCGGAUGAACACUUUGUGGUUCGCAUUCCUGAAGGGUUACCACUUGAU